AUGGACUUAAAGGAUUUCUUAGUUGGUUAUUUGGACAUUCCAAGUCCGACAAUUUUUGAUGCGAAGGUCAUCCCAUUUUUGAGGGAUUAUAAUAUCGUUAAGUCUGAAGCGAUUCUAUCAAAUUUACAUUCCAUAAUCUAUGUGGCAUUGGGCUACCAGAUGUGGUUUUUGGCUACACGGUGGCUGUUGUUUCCUCCUUUAACCAAGUGGAGACUCAGCCACUCAAAGGUUCCAAACGAUGAGAAGAAAGCCAAGAAAUUGAACAUCGAGGCUGCCAUUCAUUUUGUUUCAUUUUUACAGACUUUGGUAGUGGUGUAUCUAUCAUUGAUAUUCUUGUGUGACGGAGACAAGACCUCAAAUUACGACACGGUCAACGCCAGGAUAUUCGGACGUUCGAGGGACACCGAGAUCAUCACUGUGUAUGCCAUCGGCUAUUUCGUGUGGGAUGUUUACAUUUCGGUGUUGCACUCGACUUUACCUUUUGUGCUCCAUGGUAUAAUCUCCACUGUGGUGUUUACCAUAGGCUUGAAGCCUUAUAUCCAAUACUACGCGCCUGUGUUCCUCAUGUUCGAGUUAUCCAACCCAUUUUUGAACCUGAGAUGGUUCGGGCUGAAAUACCUGCCAACGGAAAACCGUGUGUGUUCAAUUGCCCUCCUGAUAAACAACUUGCUGUUGCUGAUCUUCUUCUUCAGUGCCAGAAUCGCCUGGGGCUGGUACCAGAUUGGCAAGCUGACCUGGGACUUCUACACAGUGCACACGGAUCCAAGAUUCCUGUGGCUGGACUCGAGUAUCAUUGUCGGUGGUAAUCUCGUGCUCGAUGUCCUCAAUGCGAUCUGGUUCGGAACAAUGCUAUCCGUGGCAUUCAAUGUUAUAACAAAGAGAAAGAAGGAUUGA